UUACGACAAGAAUUUCUCAGACGCAAAACAAAAUGUCGCCGGUUUCUUCUCGUUUUCAAUUAUCGUUCAAAGCGAGAAUAUGCGGGAUUCAAAAUGGCCGCGCCCAGGAGUUCAGAAAAUAAAGAAGGAAAGAGUAAAGAUGUUCUCAUCUCUAAUGUCAUAGAUGCACAGAGAGUAAGGAAAGUUUUAGAGGAGAACAAAAUAUUUGACAACGGCCGAAGAUUGAAGAAAACUUCAAAAGGAAGAAUUGCAAUCCCAUUGAAAAAGUCAGCAAACUUGGAGACAAUUGUUGAUACUCUAUCUAAAAUUGGUAUUAUUGUUGAAAAAGAGUGUUUGAAAUUACCCCUGUCGAAAACUGCCCUGGCACAAACACCCUAUGAUUGUUUGGUUUCAUCCCUCCACGAUUUCCUUGGUAACGAUGAUGUCAAUUUCUCGACAUUGGUAAAGGAUAUACCGACCCACUGGGAGAGACAUGGCGAUCUAAUUGUGUUUUCAGGGAGCUUUUUUACGCACAAUAUAUGGCAAGGUUUGGGGCCUGGCCUGUGGAAGGCUGUGGCCACAAGUCUCGGCUGCUCCAGACUGGCACAGAAGGGUGUCAUCAGCUCCAACGGUUAUCGGUCACCAACAGUUGUCCUACUGCUUGGUGAUUGUGGAUGGGUGCAACAUAUAGACAAUGGUAUCAGGUACACCUAUGACCUGACCAAAUGCAUGUUCAGUGCAGGCAAUAUCACAGAGAAACUGAGGGUAGCAGGUUUUUACUGCCAAGGAGAAACAGUCGUUGAUCUCUAUGCAGGGAUUGGCUACUUCACAUUGCCAUAUUUGGUCCAUGCCAAGGCUUCACAUGUCCAUGCCUGCGAGUGGAACCCAGAUGCUGUCGAUGCCCUGAGGAAAACUCUCGCACUGAACAGUGUAUCGGAUAGGUGCACCAUACAUCAGGGUGACAACAGAGAGACUUGUCCAAGGAACAUUGCUGAUCGAGUCAACUUAGGGUUAAUACCCUCCUCAGAAGAGGGAUGGCCUGUAGCAUGCAGAGCGCUGAGGUCUACUGGGGGCUACCUUCAUAUCCAUAGCAACGUCACUUCAAAGCAUUCCAGUAACCCAGACUGCAGUGUUAACCUUGACAACAACACAGACAAGUCUGAUUCUCCAAUAUGUUUGAAAUGUGGAAAUGCAAUUCAUGUCAAUUUCAAACACAGUUCAGAUAUUGGAAAAGGAAAUAAUAAUUUGCAAGGAAAUCAUGAAGAACAACAGAGAUAUCAAUGUUAUGAUCGAGUCAACACUGAUGAUUUAACCAAUAGCAACUGUGAUGCAUCAAAAGACAAAGAUGCUUUAGAGACAGAAUUGAGCACAGAGGAACCUGUGGUAAUGGCUGUCAGAGAUGAGAAUAGCUACAGCAACAGUUAUAUUUAUGAUAAUGACAGUCUGUCUAGGAGUCUUUGUGAUAUAGACAAUUUGUCAAGGGAGAAAACUAGGAGUGACCAUGAGACCUUAGAAGAAACAAAAGCCUCAGGUCGUAGAGCCACUUACCGAAGUCAUACAUCUGUGGAAAUAACAUGUACAUGUACAAAUAAAACCAGCAAAAGUUCUGCCUCGAAAAUCAGUAGAAAAGACUGGAAUCUCUGGGCAGAGGGUGUCGCCAAGACAAUAUCACAGCUGUGCACCCAGGUCCACAAAGACAAUAAUCAAUGGACGGCCAGAAUUGAUCACAUCGAGCAUGUCAAGUCGUACGCUCCGCAUAUUGACCAUCUAGUGCUUGAUCUGGAAUGUCGACCAGUGAUAUCGAUGGAGAAUUAAAAUAAGAUAUGAUACGUA